CUAUAAAAAUUUCUAGGGUUUUAGUAUCAGAGUUCCUUUCUCUUUGCACAGCUUCUAAGCUCGGCUAGAAACCCCUGAGGUCAAAGCCAUGGCUUAUGUUAAAGCACAGAAGACAAGGGCUUACUUUAAGAGAUAUCAAGUUAAGUUCAAGAGAAGGCGAGAGGGCAAGACAGACUAUCGGGCCAGGACCCGUCUUAUCAAUCAGGACAAGAACAAGUACAACACCCCAAAAUACCGUUUGGUUGCACGAUUUACCAACAAGGAUAUAAUUACACAAAUUGUACAUGCUAGCAUUGCUGGUGAUAUAGUUCUUGCAUCAGCUUACGCGCAUGAGCUUCCUCACUAUGGACUUGAAGUUGGCCUUACCAAUUAUGCUGCAGCUUAUUGUGUUGGACUCCUUUUGGCUCGUCGAGUAUUGAAACAGCUGGAGAUGGAUGCUGAGUACGAGGGAAAUGUUGAGGCAACUGGGGAGGACUUCACUGUUGAACCUGCAGAGACCAGGAGGCCUUUCCGUGCUCUUCUUGAUGUUGGUCUUAUUAGAACAACCACUGGUAACCGUGUAUUUGGUGUUCUCAAGGGAGCUUUGGAUGGUGGACUUGAUAUUCCUCACAGUGACAAGAGGUUUGCUGGAUUUAACAAGGAUAGCAAGCAACUUGAUCCUGAAGUUCACCGCAAAUACAUUUAUGGCGGCCAUGUUGCUGCAUACAUGAGGACUUUGAUGGAAGAUGAGCCAGAGAAGUACCAGUCUCACUUCAGUGAGUACAUAAAGAGAAACAUUGAGCCUGACAACAUGGAGGGACUCUACAAGAAGGUUCAUGCUGCUAUUCGUGCAAGUCCAGAAGCAAAGAAGUCUGAGAAGGAACCUCCCAAGGAGCAUAAGAGGUACAACUUGAAGAAGCUGUCAUAUGACGAAAGGAAGGCUAGGUUGAUUGAUAGGUUGAAAGCUCUCAAUUCAGCUGCUGGAGUUGAUGAUGAUGAAGAUGAUGAUUGAGCUUCGAGAGUUGAGGAAUAUGCUGAGUGAGCUCAGCAUUAGAAUUUUGGGCAUAUUAUGGGCUCCUAUCGUAUGUUGUGCUGUUAGAAUUUACGGCAAACCCCAGACUCUUUGCUUGUUUAUUAGGGAUAUGAGAAACUAGCCUUUUUGCCUGCGGAUCUUGUGGUUAUGCUGGAUUGCUUUUUCCAUUUAUUUACUACGUUAUAUAAGCACUAAUGCCAUGGCAAAAUCUUCACUCGUUA